AUGAAGUUCAGUGCCUCUCUGCGUCUGGAAGCGCUUCCCCAUCUGAUUGGGAUAACGGCGGCGCUGCAGCGGCUAGCUAGGGGGGGGACCCCCGGCAGCUGCUGUCUUAAGCUAACCCCAAAAAAACUUAGUUUAAACACAAGACAACCCUUCUGUGAACUCUACUCCGAGCUAGACAUGGCGGAGGUGUUUAAUGUGGGCUGGAUAUUAGAAAGCAAACGAAAUAACUGCGUGGCGCUGCAAGUGGAGCCUCGGCAAUUGCUGAGUACAUUGAAGUUAGCUCAGAGUUGUCGUAGGAUAACAGUCAAGCUCGCUAAGCGGAUGGGACAGGGAGCGCUGGUGUUUGAAUUUACCGACCUUCAGCUGGCCAACGUCUGGAUAACCCAGUCGAACUUAGAGCUCCCGCGUGUCAAGAGUCUCCUUGCGAUGCUGGAGCGCCUCCGCAAACUCGGCGGCGAGGAGGUGACCCUUGAAGGCAGCAUAAACCCUCAGGACUGCAAUGCAUUUGAUUUGGCUGUUUCUGCGGCGUCUGAGCUCGUGACCGCCAAGGCGAUGUACACUCGCUGCAGUCGUCUUGUGCCUGAGGGGCAAGAAGGUUUGGAGAAUGUCUCCUUCGUCCGCUCGGUCCUCACGAAGCACCUUAUUGCUGGCCUCAAGGCACUGCUGGACUGCAGCAAUAGCCAGGGGAAGGAGAUCGAUGGGCUUGUGGCGCUGCUGGUACCAGAAGACGAGGCGCAGCACGGGUGGCUGUCAGUGGUGCUACAGAACGAAGGACUGGAGUCCAUCCGUGUAUUGCUUGUGCUACCAACAGUCCCUCAGAGGGGCCCCAUCGAAUAG